CUCCCGCUGCUGCAAUGGAGCGCUCCGAGGCCUACUACUUCUCGGCGGCCUUCAGCUGCGCCUUCCUCGUUUCCUGCCUGCUUUUUUCGGCGGUGAACCGUCAGCAACGCUCGCCGUACAUGGACGAGGCCUUCCACGUCCCUCAAGCGCAGGCCUAUUGCGAAGGCCGCUUCAAGCAGUGGGAUCCAAUGAUUACUACAUUGCCUGGUUUGUACUUGGUAUCAGUUGGAAUUGUGAAGCCUGCAGCAUGGCUGUUUGGGUGGUCUGGAAGUGUGGUCUGCUCUACAGGAAUGCUCAGAUUUAUUAAUCUUCUUUUCAGUCUUGGGAACUUCUAUUUACUGUAUCUGCUUUUUUGCAGAAAUCAUCAUAAAAAGGCUGCCUCGGGGUUCCAGAGAAUCUUAUCAACCUUGACCAUAACAAUAUUGCCAGUUCUUUAUUUUUUCACAUUCCUUUAUUAUACCGAUACAGGGUCGGCAUUUUUUACUCUCUUUGCAUAUUUAAUGUGCCUUUAUGGCAAUCAUAAAACUUCAGCACUGCUUGGAUUCUGCGGCUUUAUGUUUCGGCAGAUAAACAUUGUAUGGACUGUCUUCUGCGGUGGAAGUGUUAUUGCUCAAAAACUAAAUGAGGCAUGGAAAAUGGAAUUGUCGAAAAAGAAGGACCAGAAGAGCUUACCCCCAAAGGGAUCCUUUGCAGAACUAAUCAGAGUCUUCAAAUUUCUUCUGGAGUACCUCACAUCGCUUAAAAACCUCAGCACUCUUGUUCUUCUGACGUGGCCAUACAUCACUAUGGUGGUGGUGUUCGUUACUUUUGUGGCCCUCAAUGGUGGCAUAGUUGUUGGUGACAGAAGCAGCCAUGAAGCCUGCCUGCAUUUCCCUCAGCUCUUCUAUUUCUUUUCUUUUGUUCUCUUUUUUUCAUUUCCUCACAUGGUGACCCCAAACAAAGUUGUCAGUUUUCUUCGUUCUGUGAGGACACACUUGUUGCAAUAUAGCAUUGUCACCAUUGUCUCUUUGUUCCUCGUUUGGAAGUUUACGUACACUCAUAAGUAUUUGCUUGCAGAUAACAGACAUUACCCAUUUUAUGUGUGGAGAAAAAUCUUCCAGAGACAUGAGCUUGUGAAGUAUAUAUUAGUUCCAAUCUAUAUAUUUGCUGGCUGGAGUUUGAUGGAUGCAUUGAAGGCAAAAUCUGUUUUCUGGAACUUGGUAUAUUUUGUAUGUUUACUUGCAGCCACGGUUCCUCAAAAGCUGCUAGAAUUUCGUUAUUUCAUUUUGCCAUAUAUCAUAUUUAGAUUGAAUAUUUCUAUGCCAUCACCUUGGAAACUUUUCCUUGAAUUGGCUUUCUAUGCUUUGGUGAAUGUCAUAACUUUCCAUUUAUUUUUGAACAAACCAUUUCAGUGGCCAAAUAGUGAAGAAAUACAGAGGUUUAUGUGGUGAGUUCAGAUUUUAAAGAAGACCAAAUUGUAGGACUUUUCCUACUGCAAAUACAAAGCUGCACAUUUAGAACUCUCUCAAGAAGUGGGUGUUUUUGUAACUGAAAGUAAAUGACAAAGCCAGUGCACUGUUUUUUUCAGAUAUUGCUCCAUUUUUAUAACAACGCCACUCUGGGAAUUAAUAAAUACAAGAUCAGGGAAAUUUCAAUUCAAUAUCCAAUGUAAUGUGAAUUAAGGGAGUUGUUUACAUUGUAUUAGUCAUGUUAAAGAAGUCAUAAAUUUGGGGUGUUUGCUGUAUGCCUAUGUAUGUACAAAGCUGGAUAUGACAGGAAAUUCAAAGAAGUGGGGUAAUUGGGGUCUCAGAGGUUAAAUGUUUAGAUGUUUGAAUUAUUUUUCUACAUUAUUUUUCUUAGUGAGAGUGGCUUAUUUUAGCACACAUCCUACAUAGUCCCAAGAUUUUGCUAAGAAACUAAUUUUAGGUAAUCAAAUAUCAAUAUGUGAAGACUUGUUCACAUGUAAAGAAUUAUAGGUGGAAGUUGCAAGAUGAGAACAUUACAACAAAAUGGAUCUCAGAGUAAUAGUUGCAAUCUUACACUUACUCACAGAGGAUUAAAAACUUUUGAAAUCAGUGGCAGUUACCUCUGAGUAGAUAAUUGUAGGAUGGUGCUGUAAACUAACAAGAGUGGUCAACAUCGAACACUGUUAUGCGCUGGAAGACUGGACUUAAGCCACAUACUGUGGGCAAGUGAAAUUAACAAGAUUUGUAAAUUAUAAAUGCUGGAGAAUAAUGAGUUGAGUAUCUGGCUGUGGAACCAGAGGCAAGGAGUUCAGUGCCCCGCUGUGCAUUCCAGAAGAGCCAGCCUGUGUGGCC